UUGGAUAAAGGAUUUUGUCAUGAAGAGUGUGCGCCAAAAAGCGUUAUUCCUGUGGAGGUACAUCUGCGGUUUAAUUAAUCGCCAUCCUGCUGAUAUUGUUCAGUUUUUCCCGCUGAAGGGAUACUACCUUCUAUGUCUCGUUAUAUACCUCCAAAUAACCAAAGAAUUACCCGACGAGGGAUGGAAUGAUUCUUCAGAAUCACUCUACACCCCGCCUCCAACUAAACCAAAUGAAGCUUUCAACAGCGAUUCUUUGGAUCCAGAAAUAACGUUUGUGACAGCAUACUUCAGUCUUGGCAGGUUCAAGAAAGGCGACGGAGACGUGUAUUUUGAUGUCGCAACCUACUCCAGGUGGAUGAAUCAGUUUGCCAAUUUCAACAACAAUGUUAUAGCUUUUACAGACGUACCGGAGGUAGCUUAUCAGUUGUUUAUUCUACGUAAGCAUCUUCCGAAAGAACGAACCAAGAUUUUUAUGAAAAACCAGGAUGAUAUGUGGGCGUUUAAACUUGCCCCGAAAAUAAAGAACAUUUUUGCGCAGCCAGACUACCCAAAGUACCACCCAAAUACAGUGUUAGAGCGUUAUCCUUGUGCUAUGCACGCCAAAUACGAGUUAAUAGAAACGGUGAUACGAGAACGAAUGUUUCAUACUAAGUACUUGGCAUGGAUUGAUAUUGGUUAUUUUAGGGACAAUUAUGGGAAAAUAUUUCACCUAGACAUACCUUCCGAUUUUCGGAACGAUCACAUUGCCUUUUUACAGAUGGGGAAGUUUGAACGAGGCCGCACUGCAUCAUCAAUUAUAAAAGAUAAUAUAUUUUGGAUCGCUGGAGGAAUAUUAAUAGCGAGACCGGAGUACCUAAUUGUGUUCAUUGAAGACUAUAAGCGAGCAGUAGAAAACCUUAUCAGCCGGAACUUGAUGAGUACUGACCAACAGGUGAUAUACAUAAUGUAUACAAAGGCAGAGGACAUGCGCCCUCGUCUUCCCGUGCAAACAUACAGCGCUUUCUGUAAAUGUGACUGGUUCUAUCUCGGCAAGCGCUGUAUAGAGGAGUGGCGCAAGUCACUAAAACCCCAAAGUAAGGUCAUAGAGGCAUUCCAUCGAAAUAUGUUGUAAUUCUUGUUAAGUAUUUUAACAGAUGAUGUUUGGUCAUUUAAUACCCGGUAGAGCGUACAAGAAGUGGAUCAGUGUGCCUAUUUACUAUGCCACUACCUUAUUUACUCAAUACAAAAAUAAGUUGUUCGACUUUUAAUCUUACAGAUUAGCACUAUUAAUUUUGCUCCAUUAGCAUUAGUUACAUGUAGCAUAGGACCGCUUCAUAGCUCUGACGACGCAAUAUAUAAAAAAUAUCUCGUCUUCAAAAGGCUACGUUAUCGCAGCUAGCUUUUACCCUGUAUUCACGGUCCUUUGAUCUAGUUUUCUAUCAAUCGUGUAAUAACCUGUUUCCAAUCUACCUCUAUCGACAAUUUUAGGGACUGCAGACAAACUCCCUCGGCCAAUACCGUAAGCAAGAGGUGGGCGAAGUUUCCACUGGCCUGACCGACCCGUCUAUAGAGCUAGAGGCAGCAAACCAGAUGACAAUAAAAGAAUAGCUUUGGCUCUAGAUAGGUUUUGGUUUGAAUGUUGAUUUUUAAACAACAUUCAUGCAUUUUAUAUAGACAUAAAUAUAACAAUUAAAGUACGGGAUUCGUGAUAUAGCAAGUUUCAGGUUCCCUCCCUUUGAUCAGACUUUUCUCUUAGGCUGCAUCUCAGGAAAAAACAUGGGCUCAGAGAACCAAACCUUGAAAUCGAAAUUGAAUUUCCCUACAGCAAACUUUAACUGUAUACCACAGUA